UGUGGAUUUUUCCAUUGAAAUUUGUAAACAAUGUUCUGUUUCGGCAUGUCAGUUUAUGAGUUUAGCAACAACAACAAAAUUACGAAGAAUAAUAUGAACAGCUAAUGCCAACAUGAUGUCGACUGGGAGUGAUUCUAAUGUCACCCUGUGGGUUAAAUCAGAGUUAUUUAGUUAUGGGGCUCUACCAAUAGCUCCUCAUCCUAGACUCACAUUUAAUAAUAUAAAGAAAAUUGUCAUAUAUGCUAAAAAUAAAGGAGAGUCUUGUUUCCCCAAAAUAAGUUAUUCUGUAUGGAGACACAUAGCUUGUAACAAGCUUCUGUUGACAGAAGAUUUAGCAUGGAUGUAUUUCCACACUUGCCAUUUGUUUAGUGAAGACAUAUCCCCUAUUGAGAGAAUGGAAUGGGAUCAAGAAAUGUCAAAUUGUUCAACAAAACAAGAAAGAGAUCAGCUGAAAUCCAGAGUAAAAGUAAACACUUUGAAAUUUGUUUUGUAUUUAUAUGUACAACAGAUUCAUAAAGUUUCUUUGAAAGCUUCACUUGUAGCUGGUGAUGAAUGGCCCACAACAAGAAGUAGUUCCCCAGAUCUGGAUGGUACAGGGAGAUCUACACCAAGAGGAAAUAAAACUUUAGAUGACCACAGUCAUUUGGUAUAUAUACAGAGUAAUAUGCACGAAAUACUUGAACUUCUCGUAGAUCCAGAGUCUUAUAACAGAAACAAUCCAUCAGAGUCCCUGGUUUCUGUACAGGCAUUGUCAGCAAUAAGUUUUCUCAUAGCUGGUUCCAUAGAUAAAUGCAAAUCCCUUUUACCUAUUCAAGAUAUAGCAGUAUUACAAACAGUGCAGCAUAGAACAGGCUACUCAAAGUUAACAAAAAGUUUUACUAUAAGACCUUUACAGCUAUGGAUAAAGGAUUGUUUGGUGCAAAAUAUGUUUGGUAUAUCAGCCUGCAUAGCAAGUGGUCGUAGAUUGUCUUGGGCAGGAGCAGGAGAGGAAAAGGAUGUUAAAUCAGAAACAAAGAAAAGAGGGAAAAUAGCCACAAAUGCUCAUGUUGUGCCAAAGGAACACAUUAAAGGAAACAAGAUCAUAAUAAUGAGUCAGGUCAGCAAACAGACGAUUGGACGUAGUUCCAAUACAUUAGAGAAUAGCAGUGUGAAGAUACACAGAUGCCAUUAUUCUUACCUAUAUUUACUGUCCCCUCUCAGAUCAGUUACAAUUGAAAAAUGCAGAAGUACAACCAUAGUUCUUGGACCUGUAGAAACCACAGUCUAUCUCAGUCAUUGUGAGAAGGUUACACUGAUAGCACCCUGUAGAAACAUUAUGAUUAGUGGCAGUACUCUCUGUAGUUUAUAUACACUGACACCAAACAGACCAGUAAUACUUGGUGGGAAUGACACAUUACUUCUGGCUCCAUAUCACACAUUCUAUCCAAGCAUUGAGGAUCAUAUGAACAAAGUUGGAAUAGGGAGUUCAAAAAACCUUUGGGAUCAGCCGUUAUGUGUUGGACCAGACCACAAAGAUGAGGGACCAGUAUGGGAACUGUUACCUGUGUCAGAAUUCUUUACCUUUAACAUUCCAUUUGAAGUGGAAGGAACAACUACAAGCAUUCCAGGAGGACUACCAAAUAAAUAUCAAAAAGCUGUAACUCAGAGACAGAAACAAAUUGACAGCUGGCAGAAAACUGUCAAAGAUGCUGGACUUAAUAAACAGCAGAGGAAAGAGUUCCAGGAAUUAGUAGAAUCUAGGUUUCAUGUAUGGUUAGCAGAGACAAACUACAAACGAGAACUGGAUAGUUUAGUUGUACCACCUCCAUCAACAACAACAUGAAAGAUAUCUUGAUGGCUGUUCAGGAUUUUUCAAUUAUGAAUUAUGGCAUCUUUAACAACCUGAAUAGUGUAUUACAGCUAUCAGUCUCAUUGCUGCAUAUGUACAACAGCAGUCCAGAAAACAUAGAUAUUGAGUGUCAAUUGUUACUUUGACCAUUAUGUUUAGAACAGUGCUGUUUUUAUAAUUGGUUGUGAAAGGAAUUCCUGAAAAUUGACAAACCGUCCAUAAUAUUUUUAUAUUUUCGUGCCAUCAGAUCUGUUAAUUGUUGUAUCAUUAUUUAUUUUAAAGGGUCCUAAAAUAUCAUAAUAUCAGAUAAUAUUCAGAUAUUACAAGUUUCUAAAAAAUCUUUUUACAGAUUUGCUUGCUGUUAUCUUACAAUCUACACAUAUGUCCUAAGUUCAAUCUGCUGACCCUGGACAUAUAUGUUUAACUGUUUAAUAUUUACAAAGGAAGGCUGUAAAAGCACAGUUUUAACAAUCUGGAUAAUCAACUUCUUUUGAUAAAAUAUAAGUUAAAAGGGGGGGGG